AUGGACUGGAUGAUCAAAAAUGGCGGCUUUCUCCACGACAGCGUCCAGAUCGCCAAAGACGACCAGCGCGGCGUCCACUUCAAAGUCAAGCAAGCGUGGAAAACCGGCGUGGCCAAGGAUACUCACGUCAUCAAGAUUCCCGUGGCUGCAACCAUGUCGUAUCUCAACGCCGUCGAGCAUCCUUUGCCUCCUAAUUUGCAGAGUGCCGGAGCGGCUACAUGCUCCGCGCAUGGGGUGCGGCUGCCACGCGAGUUCAUGGAUGCUGUUGGGCCCGCUGAGACAUUCAUUUUCUUCUUAAUCGGGCAGUAUCUGCAAGGCGAGGACGGGUUUUGGUUCCCGUAUAUCCGGACGCUACCUCAGCCGCUUUCUUUGACGACGCCGUUGUACUACGAGGGGGAUGAUUUGGGGUGGUUGAAGGGGACUAGCUUGUGGCCGGCGAGGGAGCAGCGGAUGGAGUUGCUGAAAGAGGCGUACGAGAAUGGAGUGAGAGAGCUUCGAAAGGCUGGGUUCCAGGACGUGGACAAGUACACGUGGGAUCUCUACCUUUGGGCUUCAUCCAUGAUUGUGUCGCGUGCUUUCUCGCCAAAGGUACUGGCCGAAGCGUUCGCUGAUAUCGAUCUACCCGAGGAUGGCGUUUCAGUCCUUUUGCCCUGUAUCGAUCUGAUGAACCACCGGCCACUAGCAAAGGUAGAGUGGCGUGCUGGCAAACAAGAUGUGGCCUACCUGGUGCUGGAAGAUGUUGCGGCCGGGCAGGAAAUCGCUAACAAUUACGGACCUCGCAAUAACGAACAGUUGAUGAUGAACUAUGGUUUCUGCCUCCCGGACAAUCCUUGCGACUACCGGAUCGUGAGUCUGCGGGCGCCUCCUGGCAGCCCCCUUGACCAGGCAAGAUCUUAUCAGGCACAGAUGUUUCCUGAGCCAGCCAAAAAGACAGAAGAUCACUACUAUGUUUUCAACAUCUUCUAUCCUCUCCUGGCUCCGGGCACUGCCAUGGAGCAUUCAAUCUUUUCGCCGGCUCUAUUCAACGCUGUUGCUGUGCUUGCAGCGAACAACAGAGAACUGGAAACACUGGAGAUCACUGAACAUGACGUCCGAAUCCCAGAGUCAUAUGGCAGCUCCCGGACUGUCCUUGCCGCUUUGAGUCAGAUAGUCAUUGAACUGAUUACACAUAUCGUGAAGUUAAGAGCUUCAGCAGAAGGCCUAGAGAAACCAGAAAACCUCAAGCAGAUCCAUGCGAAGAUGUAUAGGGACAGUCAGAUCCGGAUCUCCGAGACAGCUCUAGUUAUUGCCGCGUGGACACUCAAUCGCGCACGGCAGCACGGCUAUGGUGGUUCCUGGGCGGAAACCAAGCAACUGCUCAGUGCCCACAUGGCUCGUAUACCGGCUGAGAAAUUCCCCGAGGAAAUUAGGUCUCGGAUACAAGUGAGGGUUCUUGAGCGGGAAUCACUACUUCGGAACAAUGGUGAGCUAUUCACUUUGAAGGAGUUAUUCGAUACCCUUCCUACUGAGCUGCAACAACCCUGUAGGGAAUUGUUCCAAAGCGUUCUGACAAAAUCGGAGAAAUCCAUACCAAUGCUCAGAGGAAGCUCAGAGAGCUCGCCUUUUGCUUUCCCAAUGUUCCUGUGUUUCAUUAUCGCCGCUCACACGAACAAGUCUUCUGAUCAGCCUCAAUUGCCCGCUAGACUGGCCAAAUGGGCUAGCUUUAUUCUUGAAAAGUACCCACCACCUCCUGAGGAUGUGGCGUGGAUGCUGGAGGAGGAAGACGAUGAGCAGAUGGUAAGUUUGUUUGACGAGCUGCUCGACAAGAUGAGGGAUAGAAGCCCAACUGUCUUCUCCAAUGUCGCUCAAUUCACCGGCGACUGGCAGAACGACAAUUGGUGGCUGUCGCCAAACUGGCUACGCUGGGCAUGGAUGGCUACAGAGCAGGAAUGUGUGCAGGCACCCGAUGAUCCUCUGGCAUUGCUGGGAGUAGCGGGAUCGGGGCAGGGCAAGCUGACAUUGUCUACGGUGACAUAUCUGUACAUACCGCAGUAG